GAUUAUUUCAUUUACAUACAAAUAUUUUUUUUUUUAAUUAAUGAUGUGUAUGCAACGCACUAACCAAUAAAGGUUUUUUUUUUAUUUCGUAUAAACUAGUGUAAAUAAACCAGAAGGCUAACGAAUAAUUUCACGCAGUGUCCUUAAUCACUAUAGCAACGACAAAGAAAACACAUGAAUAAAAAAUCAAACAUGAAAUUUAGUAUCAGCCAAAGCUGGCAAGUUAAAUACAAACCGAAAAUUUUUUUUUGUUAAAAAAGAUGUUCACAUACAUAUGUACACACAUUUUUAUAAUAUAUAAUUAAUAGCGAAUAUAUGUUCAUUUUGCUAAAUUGACAUACAUAAGAUGGAUACAACAGUUCCGGAUGAAUCCAUUGAUAUUAUUUGCAAAACACAAGGAAGCCAAUUCUUCGACGAUGUUAUUGGCCAUAUCGAGGAUAUAGUACUUAGUGAAGAGUUCCAGGUACUACACAACAACUUUCUGGAGAAAUAUUGGCAUUGUAUAGAGGACACUGAAGAGAAUAAACUGGAAUACAUGGAUAUAUUUCAAGAGUACACAAAUACUUUUGAGACUUUUCUUAUCCAGCAAUUAUGUGCUCGAAUCCCCGAUUUUAAUAUGCGUCGAUUUGAACAGGAGCUUGAGGAAAAUGAGGCUUUUGACGAUAUUUUAAGCAGUGGCGAGAUCAUUGAGCUUUUACAUUCGUUCAACAGUUUUGAGACGUUUAAGGAACUUAUGCUGGACUACCGUAGAACAAAAGAAGGUCAUAUGGAACACUUGAACACUCAAAUUCUUGUCACAACGCCUUAUGCGGCUUCAGAUUCAACAAUACCAAUUGGAAUAGUAGAAGAUGAAUGAGUUUUGUAAAUAUUUUUUUUCUUAGUAAAUAUUAUCGUUAAAGGAAAAACUGAAUUUCAUUUUGUAAAUUCGCUAACAUACAUAUGUAUUUCUAGAGUUUUACUCCGUUUACAUUCAUACAAUAUACAUACAUUAAAAAAUUGUUAUUUGGAAAAUAA